AUGACCAACUUCUUCAUUCUCUCCUUUUGUAUGUCUAGCUUGACGUUCCAGCUCAUUUUACUUGCUGCCAUUGGUACGGUUCUGAUCAAUGCGCAAUCUCCAACGUUACAACUGGGCAACACUACACUGAAUGGCACCUACCUCCUCAAUGGCUCAGUGGAGUUCUUUGGAGCCAUCCCAUACGCUGAACCUCCGAUCGGUGCCCUUCGCUUCAAGUCUCCCAUUAAAAAAUACGAGCUGAAUGUAUCCACCUUCAACGCUACCCAGUUUGGUAGUCCCUGUCUCCAGCUACCUCCAACUGGCCCCGGCUCAGAAGAUUGCCUUUUUGUGAACAUUUUUCGACCAAAAGGUCUUAGUAGCCAUGCAGCGCUCCCAGUCAUGGUUUGGAUUCAUGGAGGAGGAUUCAAAUUUGGCAACCCCUCCAGCUACAAUGCUGCAGCCCUUGUUUCCCAAAGCAUCUCACGCGGCACUCCCGUGCUAUACGUCAGUAUGGCAUAUCGCCUCGGGCCGCUUGGCUUUCCACAGGGUGUCGAGGCUGCAAAUAAAGGUGCUUUAAAUCUUGCACUUCAAGAUCAACUUACAGCACUGCAAUGGGUCCGUCGCAACAUCGGCGUGUUUGGAGGCAAUAAGGAUAAGGUCACACUGUUCGGCGAGAGUGGCGGCGCUGCCUCAGUUGCUGCAUUGCAGGUGAACAAUAAACUGAAGGGAUUGAUUAGAGCUUUGAUUCUCGAAUCAGGCACAACAAGCCUUAUACCCACCUUUGGCGGAACUCAUCGUCAAGACGAUUGGGACAACUUUGCGACGGCUCUCCCGCCUUCCUGCUCUCACCGGCGACAUGACGUCUUCGACUGUCUGCAAGAUCCUUCAUCGCAAGUCAGUAGCACAGACCUAUUAACUGCAGUUUCAGCUGCAAAUUCCGCUGCAGAUGAGGAUUAUCCUUGGGCCCCAACCUUGGAUCACGAUUUUCUCCCCGAUUUACCAUCAAGCCUCCUUCAAGCAGGAAAGUACACGCACGUGCCAAUGAUCAUCGGAAAUAAUCUUGACGAAGGGACGUAUUUCGCAACGCCGCUCACCAACUCGACCAGUUUUAUACGCGAUCACAUGAUUAUGAAUUUCACGUCACCUAAUUCGUCAGCUUCCAAAGUCGGCCGUGUCGCAGAUCAACUCUUGCAAUUGUACCCAGAUAUUCCUGCACUUGGGUCACCAUAUAAUACUGGCAACAAGACCUUCGGGUUGAGCUCACAAUUCAAGCGAUAUUCGGCUAUUUUGGGCGAUAUUAUGUUCCAUGCUCCAAGCCGUUUUGCCACACAAACAAUGACAUUUGUCAAGGCUGGAGUGCCCGUCUAUACAUACUUAUUCACCGGUCCGGUGGCUAGGCCACUUUCACCUCCCCCAUAUUCGGGAGAGCCGGCGAGUCUCGAUAAUCUCGGCGUUGUGCACACCGGUGAGGUGCCCUAUGUAUACAAUUUUACCGCUGCUUUCAAGGAAGGCGAUGUAGCGGCAGCUCUUGGUCGGAUGAUGGUUGACUAUUGGGUCUCUUUUGCAACCAGCCUCACGCCGAAUGACGGGCACGGAAUUCAACGCCCGGAUUGGUGCAAAUAUUCUCUCGACGCUCCUAUGAAUCUCGAGUUGAAUAGUAACAAGACGGCCAUGAUUUCUGACACCUAUCGCUCAGAGCAGAUCAAGUAUAUCAAUGACAAUGCGAGAGUCUUCAGUCACUAG